AUGCUGGCGGAGCAGCUCGACGCAGUGGGCGCUCUGGUCAGCGAGGAAGACCAUUUGAUUACGCUCCUCACACGUCUCAUCGAGUCGUACGAAUUCCUCAUUACGGCGUUAGAUUCAGUAGCCGACUCGCUGUCGUGGGACUUCGUCACGUACCGACUGCUGCAGGAAGAUCUCAAGCGCAAGGAACAAGGCUUUGAAGGAGAGACGGACGGACAAAGUCAAGCGUUUAUAAACCAAAACAUUGGCUAG